GGCUGCCUCCGACUGGGGAAGUGAAUCCGCCAAUGUCAAAGGACCCUGGAUCAGCUGUUAGCUGUCGAUCCUCCUCCACGUCCACUCAAAACAACGGCAGUCAAUAGGAGCACCGGACAAAGCGGACAGAAGUGCCUCCUAUGAAGAUAGACGUCCGGUGCGCAGCAGCUUCACGUACUCUCCAGGCAGCAUGAACUCUCUCCCAGGAAGAGCCGCUCUGUCUCUGUGCAGACGCACGGCCGCGGGCGGGAUGAGGGUGUUUGCGGGCUCCCCGGCUCUCCCUGCAGGUGGGCUGCCGGCCGACAGGGCCUCCUUCCAGGCUGUGCGGGUCUGCCACACCGGCUCGAACCGCAGCGUCAGCACCAAGAAGAGGGGCUACGACAUCACCAGGAACCCCCACCUCAACAAGGGAAUGGCAUUCACCCUGGAGGAGCGCUUGCAACUGGGCAUCCACGGCCUGCUGCCCCCCUGCUUCCUGUCCCAGGAUGUGCAAGUGCUGCGCGUCAUGAAGAGCUACGAAACUCGCGUCAAUCCUCUGGACAAGUACAUCCUCCUGAUGACGCUGCAGGACAGAAACGAGAAGCUGUUCUACCGUGUGCUGACCUCCGACAUCGAAGAGUUCAUGCCCAUCGUGUACACUCCCACCGUGGGCCUGGCAUGUCAACAGUAUGGGCUGGCCUUCAGGAGACCACGAGGACUCUUCAUUACCAUCCACGACCGAGGCCACAUCGCCACCCUGCUCAACUCCUGGCCUGAAGAAGACAUAAAGGCCAUUGUGGUGACGGACGGAGAGCGCAUCCUCGGCCUGGGCGACCUGGGCAGCUACGGGAUGGGGAUUCCUGUCGGGAAGCUGGCGCUCUACACAGCCUGCGGAGGGGUUCAACCGCAGCAGUGCCUCCCUGUGCUGCUGGACGUUGGAACAGACAACCAGGCGCUGCUCGAUGACCCGCUGUACAUCGGACUGAAGCACAAGAGAAUCAGAGGAAAAGAGUACGACGAGCUGGUCGACGAGUUCAUGCAGGCAGUGACGGACAAGUACGGGAUGAACUGCCUGAUACAGUUCGAGGAUUUCGCCAACAGCAACGCCUUCCGCAUCCUCAACAAAUACAGGAAUCGAUACUGUACCUUCAAUGACGACAUCCAAGGCACGGCGUCUGUAGCUGUUGCGGGAAUCUUAGCUGCUUUGAAGAUCACCAAGAACAAACUGUUAGACCACACUUUUGUUUUCCAGGGGGCAGGCGAGGCUGCUCUUGGUAUUGCCCACUUGCUUAUAAUGGCCAUGGCCAAAGAAGGAGUAAGUCAAGCAGAUGCUGCCAAGAGGAUCUGGAUGGUCGACUCUAAAGGCCUCAUUGUUAAGGGAAGAAGCCACCUGAACCACGAGAAGGAGGAGUUUGCUCACGAUCACCCGCACGUGAAGACGCUGGAGGAGGUGGUUCACACCAUCAAACCCACCGCCAUCAUCGGUGUGGCUGCAAUCGCAGGAGCCUUUACAGAGAAGAUAAUCAAAGACAUGGCAUCCUUCAAUGAGAGGCCGAUCAUCUUUGCCCUCAGUAAUCCUACCAGCAAGGCCGAGUGCACAGCAGAGCAGUGCUACAAGCUCACAGAGGGCCGGGGCAUCUUUGCCAGCGGGAGUCCCUUCAACAAGGUGACGCUGUCUGACGGACGCAGCUUCUACCCCGGGCAGGGCAACAACUCCUACGUCUUCCCCGGAGUUGCUCUGGGCGUUAUAGCCUGCGGAGUGCGCCACAUAUCUGAUGACGUCUUCCUCACGACUGCAGAGGCGAUCGCUGACAUGGUAACAGAGGAACACUUGGCUGAAGGAAGACUUUAUCCUCCUCUCAGCACCAUAAGAGAGGUGUCCUUCAAGAUUGCAGUGAAGCUCGUCAACUAUGCAUACAAGCACAACAUUGCUUCGGUUUAUCCUGAGCCGAAAGACAAGGAGGCGUUCGUGUUGUCUCACAUCUACAGUCCUGAUUACGACUCCUUCACCCUGGACACAUACAGCUGGCCACAGGAGGCCAUGAAGGUCCAGGAUGUGUGAUCAGGGUCGACUCUCUCUCUCUCUCAACUUAAUAUGCUGCCGUGGUGUCACUUCUGCAUUGCCUCUGUUCGGAAAUUUUGCAGGUGAUUCUCAACUUUUAGUUUUUUCUUGUUUGCCUCUUUCUUUUAUAUACGUCAGUAAAUGUCUGCCCUCCAUUUUAGAAGUGACAAACAAUUAGUUCAUAAGACUUUCAGUGUCAACGUUGAGUUUUUUUGUUCCUGUUUCAGUGCUGUACUGUUUGUUUUAAGGGUUUCCUGAGCAAAAGGUUUUCUACGUGAAAAAUAUCAUAUCAAAUGUCAUACUUACAAUUUAGACGACACUCCUUACAGUAGAUUGUCUUAGCCGAUGAGAUGACUAUCCGUUGCUUGACUCAAAGUCAUGUUUUGAGACAUGGAUCAGAGCUGGUGCAUGAAGAACUGUUCCCAAUAUCACACAGUGUUGUCUUGAUGUAAAGGAACAGAGGAGCCCUUCUGAAGCUUAAAAUAUAGAAAAACAGAAACCCUCUGUGCCUCUUUCUGUGAGACCUCAGGACGUUACUGCUCAAGUUAGAACCUCUGGCCGUUAUAGAAGACACAUCUGGCCCCUCCGUGUAGCAGCUUCGUAAUAUCCUACACUCCUGUCAACACGCACACACACGUUUUAACCUGACUGAAAACACUCCAGGGUCGGCCUGUAUUUCUGUCUCUCUGGCUCUGCUUCACUCUGAGAAUCGUCGAUUUCCGAUGGCAGGCUGCUGUUUUCUUGAAUGUGUUGAGCAGAAGCAUUGCCAGUGAUUAGGUUUUGUACACGCCCGUGUGUUUUCCUUUUAGUUUUGUACAGAGCUCUGCCUGUUGUUGUGUUUCUGUUUUUAUUUUUUUUGCCAAAGUUACUGAUGAACUGUAUCUUUUACUCCUAGAGAGCACGAGGCUGUGCAAGCUUUAGCACUAAGAGAUAUGCUUGAGAUUUUCAAAGGGAACAUGACACUUUUUAAAUAAAAUUGUUUUAAAAAAAAA